AUGGAACUGAAUCGUGGACUGCUCAAGGCCGUUAUAAUCUUGUUGUUUGUUCAGUUUGGUUUAGGCAGAAGAAUGGGUUUGGGUUUGAGCUCAAGAACCGAAUGGCGGACUUUGCUGGAACUACGUUCAUCGUUGGGGAUUAGUGGGAAGGAUUGGGUCAAAAAAGCCGAACCGUGCUUUCACUGGACCGGAGUUCAGUGCGAGAACGGUCGAGUUGUGGGCAUCAAUUUGACCGGUUUAAGCCGAACCCGAGCCGGUCGUCUCCAAACACGGUUUGCAGUGGAUUCUCUUGCGAAUCUGACCCUAUUGGGUUCGUUCUGCGCUUCCGGUUUUUCUCUGAAUGGGUCUAUUCACGAGUGGUUGGGACAGAGCCUUAGGAAACUCGAAAAGCUUGAUCUCCGGUCUUGCUGGCUCACCGGUCCGAUUCCUGGGUCGCUUGGGGGUUUGAAUGGGUUGAAAACUCUGAUUCUCUCAGACAAUAGUCUCACUGGUAGAAUGCCUUCGGAACUUGGAAGGUUGUCUGGGCUAUCGGUUCUUGAUCUCUCUAACAAUUCGUUGACAGGACCAGUGCCUAACUCUUUCUCUUUUCUUGUUAAUCUCACAAGGCUUGAUCUUUCUUCCAAUUUUUUAUCUGGGUCCAUUCCACCUCAUCUGGGUGCCCUUUCUAAUCUCCAAAUUUUGAAUCUUUCAGAUAAUGGCCUCACUGCUUCGGUUCCUCCUCAACUGGGUAACCUUUACAACUUGGUUAAACUUGAUCUUAGCAAGAAUUCUCUAUCUGGGUCAUUGCCAGAUCUUUUGUUUUCCAAGAUUCAAAUGCUCAUUCUCAGUGAGAAUGCCUUUGAUGGUGCUCUUCCUGCUACGUUGUUUUCCGGGCCCAACUUGCACUUUCUCGAUGUAUCCAACAACACCCUCACUGGACCCUUGCCUAAACUCACUAGUUCAAGCAAUGUUAAUUAUGCUGGUGCCACAUUCAAUCUCUCAAACAAUUUGUUCUAUGGACCUCUGAUUACAAUGCCUAGCAAAUUUAAAACAAUUGAUUUGUCCGGUAAUUAUUUCCAAGGCGAGGUGCAUGUUGGUCGUUUUAAAUUUAGUACUAGUUUUACUCUUGAUAGAAAUUGCCUACGGAUGAUUCCAAACCAGAGGGAUUUAGAGGAUUGUAGAGUGUUUUAUGUUGAGAGAGCAUUACCCUUUAGUCCCGGUGUCAAAGAACCAACGCAAUCGCCCUUGCUAGAUUCUGAGUCCGGGAACAACAAACGAGAGAUAUUCAUACUGGCAGGUAUAUUUGGUGGGCUUGGCUUUAUUGUGCUUCUGGUAUUGGUCCUCAUGCUCAUGCUGCUUCUAAAACAAUGUAGUGGUCAUAAUAGCAUCGGAAUUCAAAGGGGGACAGCAAAUGUGGGACCUGUUCCAGAAGUGGAAAAUCCUACACCUCCAAAGGACCCUGUGUUUGUAGCUGGCACGGGAGAAUCAUUUUCAUAUGAGCAAAUGCUUCAUUUGACUGCUAACUUUGCUGAAGAAAAUUUAAUCAAACACGGUCAUUCUGGAGACCUCUUCUGGGGAACCUUGGAAGGUGGUGUAACAGCGGUUGUAAAAAAGGUAGAUUUAAAUUUAUUUAAGAAAGAAUCAUACAUGGUGGAAUUAGGACUACUAUUAAGCAAGGUUUCACAUGCAAGAUUGGUCCCCCUCUUGGGGCACUGCUUGGAGAAUGAGCAUGAGAAAUUUUUAAUUUAUAAGUAUAUGCCAAAUGGAGAUUUUGCUACUUCCUUGCACAGAGUCACCUGUUCCGAUGAUAAAUUUAAGUCUAUGGAUUGGAUCACGAGAUUGAAAAUUGCAAUAGGAGCUGCUGAAGGCCUAUCUUACCUACAUGAGUGCAGCCCUCCCCUAGUUCACAGAGAUGUCCAAGCAAGCAGCAUACUUCUUGAUGAUAAAUUUGAAGUGCGACUUGGAAGUUUGAGCGAGGUUACUGCCCAAGGAGAUCUUCAUCAGAGUGUCAUCACAAGGAUUUUCCGCAAAUCAUCAUCUUUGGAUCAAGGCAAUUCUGGUUCAUCACUUGAUUCAUGUCCCUAUGAUGUCUACUGUUUCGGGAAGGUUUUACUCGAGCUCAUUACAGGAAAUCUUGGUGUCAGCAAAUCAGAUGAUGCGGCCACUAAAGAGUGGUUAGAACAAACCCUGUCUUACAUCAGUAUAUAUGACAAAGAACAGGUGACUAGGAUUGUUGACCCAUCUUUGAUAGUAGAUGAUGACUUAUUGGAAGAGGUAUGGGCAAUGGCAAUUGUAGCCAGGUCAUGCUUGAAUCCCAAGCCUUCUAAACGCCCUCCUAUGAGGUAUGUUCUCAAAGCAUUGGAAAAUCCAGUGAAGCUUGUCAGAGAAGAAAAUUAUAGCUCAGCCAGGUUGAGAACAACUUCAUCUAGGAGAUCUUGGAGCUUUGCAUUCUUGGGUAGCUGGAGACAGAGCUCAUCAGAGAGUGCUACUGCCACAGUACAUACAAACACAGAGGGUGCGAGUGGCUUUAGACAAUCAGGAAGAGUAAGUUCACAAGGUAGUGGUGGAAAUGAUCACUCAUUUUCUCAAAAAAUAUCAUCCAAUGAAAUUUUCCCUGAACCAUUGGAAAUGCAAGAGAUGGAGAGGCAAGAUGAGCACUAAGAGAAGCAAGAUAACUAUUUUAGCUGGAUGAGAGGGAACUUUCAUGUCUGAUUAUGAAAGGGGGAGAUGGAGAUCUUAUUAGAUUGGAUCCUAUCAAAAGAGUUUGUUUCCUAGGCGUAGUCUUAAAAACCCACAUUCUUAUGAUUU